UUUUACUCUAUUAGAAAGGUCUUGGCUAGGUACUCCACUACAGUUCACCUGGCAGAAGACAUUAGGAAACUACCUAGCUGUAACAGGAGCUGAUCAUACUGUAAAAAUCUUUGAUCGUCAUGGGCAAAAAAGAAGUGAAAUUAAUUUGCCUGGUAACUGUGUUGCCAUGGAUUGGGAUAAAGAGGGAGAUACCCUAGCAGUGAUUUCUGAGAAAUCUAGUUCCAUCUAUUUGUGGGAUGCCAAUACAAAUAAAAUCAGCCAGUUGGACAGUGGCAUGAGGGAUCAGAUGUCUUUUCUUCUCUGGUCAAAAUAUGGAGCAUUCUUAGCUGCUGGAACUAUUAAGGGAAAUUUGCUUAUAUAUAAUCGUCAGACUUCUAGAAAGAUCCCCGUCCUUGGUAAACACACUAAGCGGAUCACGUGUGGCUGUUGGAGUUCAGAAAAUCUACUGGCAUUGGGAAGUGAAGAUAAAAUGAUAACAGUUAGUAAUCAGGAAGGUGACACCAUAAGACAGACUCCAGUCCGAUCAGAGCCUAGUGACAUGCAGUUUUCAACAAUGAAGACUGACGACAGAAACUCUGCUUCUGAAAGCACAAUAAGUGUGGUGGUUGGCAAGAAAACUUUAUUUCUUUUCAAUCUGAAUGAUCCAGACAGCCCAAUUGAUCUAGAAUUUCAGCAGCGCUAUGGCAGCAUUGUUUGUUACAGUUGGUACGGAGAUGGCUAUAUAAUGAUUGGUUUCUCACGGGGAAUUUUUGUUGUCAUUUCGACUCAUAUUCGAGAAAUUGGUCAAGAGAUCUUUCAGGCUCGGAACCACAAGGAUAACUUAAGUAGUAUUGCAAUAUCACAGUCCCUUAACAAAGCUGCUACAUGUGGGGACAACUGCAUUAAAAUUCAUGAUCUCUCAGAACUAAAAGACAUGUAUGCUAUAAUAAACCUGGAUGAUGAAAAUAAAGGGUUGGGUAGUCUAUCUUGGACAGAUGAUGGCCAGUUGUUAGCAGUGUCUACUCAAAGAGGCUCACUCCAUGUUUUCCUGACCAAACUUCCUGUUCUUGGGGACAACUGCAGCACACGGAUUGCAUAUCUCACCUCUCUCCUUGAAGUGACAGUAGCCAACCCUGUUGAAGGAGAGCUACCCCUCACAGUUUCUGUUGAAGUGGAGCCCAACUUCUUAGCCAUAGGUCUUUAUCAUCUGGCUGUGGGAAUGAACAAUCGAGCUUGGUUCUAUGCACUUGGAGAGGAUGUUGUGAAAAAAUUGAAAGAUGUUGAGUAUCUGGGAACAGUAGCUAGUAUGUGCCUUCAUUCUGACUAUGCUGCUGUGCUUUUUGAGGGCAAAAUACAGUUACAUAUGAUAGAAAGUGAAAUUUUGGAUGCUGAAGAAGAACGUGAGACUCGACUUUUUCCAGAGGUCGAUGACAAAUGCCGAAUUUUAUGCCAUGCUUUAACUGGAGAUUUCCUAAUUUAUGGCACAGAUACUGGCGUUAUUAGGUAUUUCUUUAUUGAAGACUGGCAAUAUGUGAAUGAAUAUCGACAUCCUGUGAGUGUCAAAAAAAUUUUUCCUGACCCUAAUGGGACCAAAUUGGUUUUCAUUGAUGAAAAAAGUGAAGGAUUUGUCUACUGUCCUGUUAAUGAUAUCACCUAUGAAAUUCCAAAUUUCUCACCAACUAUUAAAGGUGUUCUUUGGGAAAACUGGCCAUUGGAUAAAGGUGUAUUUAUUGCCUAUGAUGAUGACAAGGUGUAUACAUUUGUCUUUCAUAAAGAUACUAUACAAGGUUCCAAGGUAAUUUUGGCAGGUGGUACCAAAGUUCCAUUUUCUCAUAAACCAUUGCUGUUAUAUAAUGGAGAAUUAACGUGCCAGACACAGAGUGGAAAAACCAACAAUAUCUACCUAAACACCCAUAACUUCCUUGGCAGUUUAAAAGAUCCUGAGCCCAGUGAGCUGAAACAAAUGCUGACACAAGCAUUAAUGCUAAAAAGGUUUUCUGAUGCAUGGGAAUUGUGCAAAAUCCUCAGUGAUCAAGAUACUUGGAAUGAACUUGCCAGAGCCUGCCUACAUCACAUGGAGGUGGAGUUUGCAAUCCGAGUUUACCGUACAAUUGGAAAUGUUGGAAUGGUGAUGUCUCUAGAACAAGUAAAGGGAAUAGAAGACCAUAACCUUUUAGCAGGACAUCUUGCCAUGUUUACAAAUGAUUUCAGUCUGGCUCAGGAUCUUUAUUUGUCAUCUAUCUAUCCCUCUGCUGCACUGGAGAUGAGACGAGAUUUGCAACAUUGGGACAGUGCACUACAGCUCGCUAAACGUCUGGCCCCAGAACAAAUCCCAUUCAUAUCAAAGGAAUAUGCUAUUCAGCUUGAGUUCACGGGUGAUUAUGUAAAUGCUUUGGCUCAUUAUGAAAAAGGAAUAACAGGUGAUAAUAAGCACCUAGAACAUGAUGAAGCCUGUCUAGCUGGAGUGGCUCAAAUGUCUCUUAGAAUGGGAGAUAUUCGACGAGGGGUUAACCAAGCCAUCAAACACCCAAGUCGCCUCCUGAAAAGGGAUUGUGGUGCUAUUCUGGAAAAUAUGAAGCAAUUCUCAGAAGCAGCCCAACUGUAUGAAAAAGGGCAGUACUAUGACAAAGCAGCAUCUGUUUACAUUCGCUGUAAAAACUGGGCAAAGGUUGGCGAGCUUCUACCUAAUGUUUCUUCUCCCAAGAUCCAUCUACAGUAUGCCAAAGCUAAAGAAGUAGAUGGAAGAUAUAAAGAAGCCGUUCUUGCUUAUGAAAAUGCAAAGCAAUGGAACAGUGUAAUCCGUAUCUACUUGGAUCACCUUAAUAAUCCUGAAAAAGCUGUUCGAAUUGUCAGAGAAACCCAGUCUCUUGAUGGAGCCAAAAUGGUAGCCAGAUUCUUUCUUCAGUUGGGUGACUAUGGCUCUGCCAUCCAGUUUCUUGUUAUGUCCAAAUGUAAUCAUGAAGCCUUUGCUCUGGCCCAGCAGCACAAUCAGAUGGAAAUCUAUGCAGAUAUCAUUGGUUCUACAGACACUACUAAUGAAGACUACCAGAGCAUUGCAGUAUACUUUGAAGGAGAAAAGAAGCAUCUUCAAGCAGGAAAAUUCUUCUUCUUAUGUGGCCAAUAUGCACGGGCACUUAAACAUUUCUUGAAAUGUCCAAACUCAGAAGAUAAUUUGGCAAUAGAGAUGGCAAUUGAAACAGUUGGGCACGCUAAGGAUGAAGUUUUAACUAAUCAGCUAAUAGACUAUCUCCUGGGUGAGAGUGAUGGUAUGCCUAAGGAUGCCAAAUAUCUGUUCCGCUUAUACAUGGCCCUAAAACAAUACAGAGAAGCUGCUAGGACUGCUAUUAUAAUUGCCAGAGAAGAACAAUCUGCAGGAAACUAUCGAAAUGCACAUGAUGUUCUCUUCAGUAUGUAUGCAGAAUUAAAAACCCAGAAAAUCAAAAUUCCUUCUGAGAUGGCUACCAAUCUUAUGAUUCUGCACAGCUAUGUAUUAGUGAAGAUUCAUGUUAGAAGUGGAGAUCACAUGAAGGGAGCACGAAUGCUUAUUCGUGUGGCCAACAACAUCAGCAAAUUCCCAUCACAUAUUGUACCUAUCUUGACUUCUACAGUGAUAGAGUGUCACAGAGCAGGCCUGAAAAACUCUGCUUUCAGUUUUGCUGCUAUGUUGAUGAGACCCGAGUAUCGCAAUAAAAUAGAUAUGAAAUAUAAAAAGAAAAUUGAAGCAAUGGUGAGGAGACCUGACACAUCAGAAAUAGAAGAGGUUUCAACACCAUGUCCAUUUUGUGAAUUCCUGCUCCCUGAGUCUGAACUACUCUGCCCUGGAUGCAAAAAUAAUAUCCCAUAUUGCAUUGCCACUGGUCGACAUAUGUUAAAAGAUGACUGGACUAUAUGUCCACAUUGUGACUUUCCUGCUUUAUACUCCGAAUUUAAAAGCAUGCUAACUACAGAAAACACAUGUCCUAUGUGUUCAGAAAGGCUAACCAGUGAUCAGCUUCAAAAAAUAACAGAUUUUGCACCAUACACCAGAGGAGAAGUGGAGCAAUGAAUACAUCCAGGUACUAAAAUGGCCCAAUUAGUCGUCAAGUACACACAGCCCUAAGUAACAGAGAAAUACUUACAAUGGGAGAAGUCUGAAGAGUAUUCAAGUGGAAGAUGUAUGAUGACUAUAUAGUAAUGACAGAUUUUUUUCAACAACUUUCACAGUGAGGACUGUCCUUCAAAAUGGUCUUCUUGAGAGACUAUCCUCUUUAGUAGUGAUGCCAUUAUUCAAAACAUUUUUGGAAUUCUUUAUUUUGAAUUGCCAUUUGUCAGUUUAUGAACCAUCCAAGAAAAUUAGUCUCAUUUUUUUUCAAUUUAAUUCAACAAUUGUUUAUUAAGCCCCUACUAUAUACGCAAAAGCACUGUGCUUAAGCAAAAAUAACAAACCUGACAUUUGUGGAGCACUUUAAUACUUAUAACAUUUCCAUUUGAUCCUGAUAAGGUAAGCACUACAUAUUUUCCCAUUUUACAAUUGAGGGCACCAAGGCCCAAAAGUUAAGUGAUGACCCUAUGGCCACACAACUCACAAGUGUCAGAGGUGGGACUUGAACCCACAUCUCUCCAGACUCUGUAGUAAGUUCAGCACCGUAUCAUGCUGCCUCUCAUGAUCAUGAAUUCAAUUCAGUAAGCACCGAUUAAGUACCUACCGAGUGCAAGACACCGUGCUAAGCAGUGUAGGAUAGGAAGACCAAACAUGCUCCCAGCCCUCAAGGAGCUAUAACGUACCUUGAGAAGGGAGCACUAACUGAGAUAGUUAAAGAACAGGUCAUGUUAGCGGUGCCCAAGCUAAGCCUCGAAGAAAAACAAGUAUUCUGAAAGACUGAGAUAAUGCAGGUGCCUGGCAUGGUCCCCUCCACAUCGUAGGGUCUGAAGUGCUUGUUGAGUUGAAAUGGACUUUUGUGAUUUGUAGAUUGGCCCUGAAGAGUGGUAAAAUAUUCUGAAUGAAAGCAACCUUAAAACCGUUUACAACCUCAAAUUAUUUAGUGAUUAUUUAAGAUAAUGACUUUAUGGUAUGUUUAUUAAAAAAUCAAAAAAGUCUGUAGAAUGUAAGCUCUUUCAAGGGCAGUGGCUUUCAUUUUCUUUUUAUCUGUCCCCAGUACUUUGCACAUAGUAGGUACUUAAAAGACACAACUUGAUUGAAUUAAAUGGCUUGUACGUAGCAAGCAUUCCUUAAGGCUGGUAGCUUCCCAGAACCCCUGAAAAUGAUGCUAUUCUUAAAGGUUCAGUAACUGCUAAAGAAUACAGUAUAGCUGAUAUUUCUAUCAGCAAGUAACAUAGAAACUAAACCAAAGGUUCUUAAACAUGGGAACCAUGGACUUUUUUCUUUAUUACGUCUUGUGAAUUGUAUUGCUGUAUAAUUGGUUUCUUUUAUAAGUCUAUAUAUUUUAUUUUAUGAAUUUAAAAACAUUCUGACAAGGGGUUCAUGGCUUCCCAGUCAGCCAAAGGGGUCUGACACACAUAAAAAGGUUACAACUCCCUGAACUAAACACUCAACAUCCCACAUGUAUUAGGUGGCACUGAAUCAAGUUAGGAAUAUGCUUGUUUUGUCUCAUUCAGCUGCAAAAAUUAUAUACAUGUCAACUUUUUCCUGAUUGUGUUACUUUCUUUGGUCCUGCAUUUCUUAAGUUCCCAUAACUGGAGGUCUGCAAAGAGAAACCAGACGACCAUUUUUUGUCAGCAAGUGAGGGAGAGGGAGAUUCAUGCUCAUCUGUCCUCCCCCAAAUCCUGCAAACUUUUUUUAUAUUAACUUGUUUAGUAAUAUUUUAUUCAUAAGUAAUUUAGAGGAACCAGAUCCAGCCCAAAUUAAAUUAUUACAAGUUAUGAAUUUGUAAUAUUCAAACUAUUGUUUUUAUUAUUCUUUAAUGAAAAGAAGAUCACACUUUCUUGAAGUCUCCUUAUUCAAGAAGCAGUUAUCCUAAGAAAUGUCUGGCUUCCUUAACAGAAAUAAUAGUUGUAUAGUCUGCUUCAGUAAUUCACUUAAGAAUUCAAUUAACAGCUCUUAAAAGCAGCUGUUUCAGACCUCUCCUACUCACUACUAUCAAUACUUCCCUCUCUUUUUACCAAUUCUUUGUACCUUUAUUACUUCCCACCUAUAUUACCUGGCCCUUUCUUGGAUACAAAAGAUGCAGCUGGUAGAAUGGCUAUUCCACAUGGAUUGUGCUUCAGUUUAUUGCACUGAGUGACCAGAACAGGACCACAGUCCCUCUCCAACUGAGAUGAAAGAAAUGGAAGUAUAAAUAAUAUUAUGGUUGUUAAGUGUUUAGCUUUAUUUCCUAUCAAAUAUUUGCAUUUGCUUUAUUCUCUCCAUCACACUUAUGUGGUGGAAAGUUUAAAGAUUCAGAUAUAACAGAUAUUAGAAGCUAGAUCAUAUAUUCCCAGGGUAAUUGAAAUGUCUCUCAAGGGGCUUUGUGGACAAUCUUUCCUGGAAACAGUAACAAAGACGACAUCUCAAGGUCCCUUCUCACAUUUCUCCUAUUUUCUUUAUUAUCCUUGGUGUACUUUUCCUCAAUUUUGUCUCCUAUAUUGUGAUUCUGUACACAUUUAAAUUUUGAUACUUUUAUAUCUUGAAAUAUAGAUUUUAAAAUUA